UCUUUCUGUUUAAUGGCUGUGAUACUGUGGUCUCUCUCUCCCUCCAGAUCUCAUAUGGCUGUGGUAGUAUGGUCUCUCUCUCCCUCCAGAUCUCAUAUGGCUGUGAUACUGUGGUCUCUCUCUCCCUCCAGAUCUCAUAUGGCUGUGGUAGUAUGGUCUCUCUCUCCCUCCAGAUCUCAUAUGGCUGUGGUAGUAUGGUCUCUCUCUCCCUCCAGAUCUCAUAUGGCUGUGGUAGUAUGGUCUCUCUCUCCCUCCAGAUCUCAUAUGGCUGUGGUAGUAUGGUCUCUCUCUCCCUCCAGAUCUCAUAUGGCUGUGGUAGUAUGGUCUCUCUCUCCCUCCAGAUCUCAUAUGGCUGUGGUAGUAUGGUCUCUCUCUCUCCCUCCAGAUCUCAUAUGGCUGUGGUAGUAUGUUCUCUCCCUCCAGAUCUCAUAUGGCUGUGGUAGUAUGGUUUCUCUCUCCCUCCAGAUCUCAUAUGGCUGUGGUAGUAUGGUUUCUCUCUCCCUCCAGAUCUCAUAUGGCUGUGGUAGUAUGGGCCCUGUCUGUUCUGUUACUGCUGGUCCUGUCUUCCCCGGGGGUCUGCUCAGCUCCCAGCACCCGGCACCUGUGUGGCUCACACCUGGUGGAUGCCCUCUACCUGGUCUGUGGGGAACAAGGGUUCUUCUAUAACCCCCACAGAAUCCCCAGAGACCUACUCCUGCAACACCUUAUAGGAUCUGCUUUACUUCACCUGCUUUUGGGAACUCUCCCUCUCUACAUCCCUCCAUUUCUCACCCUCUACUUUAAAGGGUUCCUGUCUAGGAAGAGCAGACAGGGUUGGAGGGUGAAGCAGGAACAUCCAUGGAAGGACCACGAAGACCAGAAGGUGAAAAGAGGCAUUGUGGAACAGUGCUGUCAUAAGCCAUGUAGCUUCAGCCACCUGCAGAGCUACUGCGACUGACUGGAGUCUACUCCUCAUAGUCUACACUCGAUUGAUAAGAGCGCAGACUAGCCUCAAGAGCUACUGGUGGAUGGACAUGUCAAUCUUGUAUAAAACUAAAUGUCAAGGGGGGCUACAGAAAAAAUAAAACAUGUGUAUGACCAGUAACAGACUGUUGGUAUGUUGAAGACAGUGGGUCUUCGUUCCAGUGUAUGACCAGUAACAGACUGUUGGUAUGUUGAAGACAGUGGGUCAUCGUUCCAGUUAUGAAGGAAAAGGAAGGAGAUACAAAUCAUGCUCUCAAAUGGCUACAGCAGAAUGUGGCUGUUGUUGUCAGGAGACGAGCAGCAGAGACAUGGGACAUUGAGGUUUCUGCCCAUGUGAAUUUACAAGGGUAUAACAGUAACGUCAACAGGCCCAUGUCAGGCAGGGUAUAACAGUAACGUCAACAGGCCCAUGUCAGGCAGGGUAUAACAGUAACGUCAACAGGCCCAUGUCAGGCGGGGUAUAACAGUAACGUCAACAGGCCCAUGUCAGGCGGGGUAUAACAGUAACGUCAACAGGCCCAUGUCAGGCGGGGUAUAACAGUAACGUCAACAGGCCCAUGUCAGGCAGGGUAUAACAGUAACGUCAACAGGCCCAUGUCAGGCAGGGUAUAACAGUAACGUCAACAGGCCCAUGUCAGGCGGGGUAUAACAGUAACGUCAACAGGCCCAUGUCAGGCGGGGUAUAACAGUAACGUCAACAGGCCCAUGUCAGGCAGGGUAUAACAGUAACGUCAACAGGCCCAUGUCAGGCGGGGUAUAACAGUAACGUCAACAGGCCCAUGUCAGGCGGGGCAUAACAGUAACGCCAACAGGCCCAUGUCAGGCAGGGUAUAACAGUAACGUCAACAGGCCCAUGUCAGGCAGGGUAUAACAGUAACGUCAACAGGCCCAUGUCAGGCGGGGUAUAACAGUAACGUCAACAGGCCCAUGUCAGGCGGGGUAUAACAGUAACGUCAACAGGCCCAUGUCAGGCAGGGUAUAACAGUAACGUCAACAGGCCCAUGUCAGGCAGGGUAUAACAGUAACGUCAACAGGCCCAUGUCAGGCAGGGUAUAACAGUAACGUCAACAGGCCCAUGUCAGGCAGGGUAUAACAGUAACGUCAACAGGCCCAUGUCAGGCAGGGUAUAACAGUAACGUCAACAGGCCCAUGUCAGGCGGGGUAUAACAGUAACGUCAACAGGCCCAUGUCAGGCGGGGUAUAACAGUAACGUCAACAGGCCCAUGUCAGGCGGGGUAUAACA